CACGCCCUAUUUUAACGUCCCGGCCACAGACCACGCCCGUUUCUCGACCUCUUUCCCCCGGGGCGUAACGUUUUUAUUUUCUCCCCUUCCCCGGCUGUGAAACGAAAAAAUUAUCGUUUUGGUUCCCCCCCCUCCCCCAUUUCGGGUCCCGCGCCCGUGUGAGAACAGAGAAAACUUUCAGUUCGCUGCCAUUUGUACCUGAAGCUGACGGGACAGUUUAAAUCAAACCGCCGUGCGGUCUCCUCACGCGCCGCUCCCCGAAUCCCCUGGAGCUGGGCCGCGGAUGGUCGUCGAUUCGGGCGGUGCCGUUCCUCACCUCACCUCUCUCUGGUCCGUCAUGGCUCUCUUCAGGAAAACCAUCGUACCAUUUACUCGUGCAACAGAAAUAAUGAACCAAAUGUUCAGUACUUCAGCAGCCUGUACAGCCAUACAGAAAAUGACCAGAGUACGGGUAGUGGACAACAGUUCUCUUGGCAACACCCCUUAUCAUAGACCACCCAAAUGCAUCCAUGUGUAUACCAAAAAUGGAAUUGGCAAAGUUGGAGACAAAAUAUUACUGGCAAUCAAAGGGCAGAAGAAGAAGGCAUUGAUUGUAGGUCAUCGGAUGCCUGGUCCAAGGAUGACACCUAGAUUUGACUCCAACAACGUGGUGCUCAUUGAAGAUAAUGGGAACCCAACAGGGACACGUAUCAAAGUACCAAUCCCCAAUAGCCUGCGUCAGUUGGAAGGUGAUUAUUCCAAAGUUUUGGCAAUUGCUCAGAAAUUUGUCUGAUGGACUUGCUGAGUUACUGAAAGAAUUAUCAACAGUGGCUAUCAUUUAUGGAAAGAAAUAUCUUUUCCGUGUAGAUCAACCAUGACUUCCAUUAUAGACGCCUUGGAUAUUUGAGUUGCAAAAGUUGGUUCACUUAUAACAGCUACACGUUUAUACAUUAAAUAUCUUGUUCCUCAACAA